ACGUUGCCUACGGUGUCCCACGAGGAAACGCAGGUUCGUCCUGCGGCGUCGCCUUCCGCCCACGUACAAGAUGGCGCUUGGCGCGUCCUCCAACCCCGCUGCCCGGUUCCUCUCUGGGGGCGGAGUCUACGUAGAGCGAGGCGUGUGUGUUUAGGAGAUUUCUCUGGAGCAAGCAUUUGGAUAAUGUGACAGUUGGGAUGCAGUAAUGUCGACUCUCUGCCCGCCACCAUCUCCAGCUGUUGCCAAGACAGAGAUUGCUUUAAGUGGUGAAUCACCUUUAUUAGCAGCUACCUUUGCUUAUUGGGACAAUAUUCUUGGUCCUAGAGUAAGGCACAUUUGGGCUCCAAAAACAGAACAGUUACUUCUCAGCGAUGGAGAAAUAACUUUUCUUGCCAACCACACUCUAAAUGGAGAAAUCCUUCGAAAUGCGGAGAGUGGUGCUAUAGAUGUAAAGUUUUUUGUCUUGUCUGAAAAAGGAGUGAUUAUCGUUUCAUUAAUCUUUGAUGGAAACUGGAAUGGAGAUCGGAGUACAUAUGGACUAUCAAUUAUACUCCCACAGACAGAACUUAGUUUCUACCUUCCACUUCAUAGAGUGUGUGUUGAUAGAUUAACCCAUAUUAUCCGGAAAGGAAGGAUAUGGAUGCAUAAGGAAAGACAAGAAAAUGUCCAGAAGAUUAUCUUAGAAGGCACAGAGAGAAUGGAAGACCAGGGUCAGAGUAUCAUACCAAUGCUUACAGGAGAAGUGAUUCCUGUCAUGGAACUACUUUCAUCUAUGAAAUCACACAGUGUUCCUGAAGAAAUAGAUAUAGCUGAUACAAUACUCAAUGAUGAUGAUAUUGGUGACAGUUGUCAUGAAGGCUUUCUUCUCAAUGCCAUCAGCUCACACUUGCAAACCUGUGGCUGUUCUGUUGUAGUAGGUAGCAGUGCAGAGAAAGUAAAUAAGAUAGUGAGAACAUUAUGCCUUUUUCUGACUCCAGCAGAGAGAAAAUGUUCCAGAUUAUGUGAAGCAGAAUCUUCAUUUAAAUAUGAGUCAGGGCUCUUUGUACAAGGCCUCCUAAAGGAUUCAACUGGAAGCUUUGUGCUACCUUUCCGGCAGGUCAUGUAUGCUCCAUAUCCCACCACACACAUAGAUGUGGAUGUUAAUACUGUCAAGCAGAUGCCACCCUGUCAUGAACAUAUUUAUAAUCAGCGUAGAUACAUGAGAUCAGAGCUGACAGCAUUCUGGAGAGCCACUUCAGAAGAAGACAUGGCUCAGGAUACUAUCAUCUACACCGAUGAAAGCUUCACUCCUGAUUUAAAUAUUUUUCAAGAUGUCUUACACAGAGACACUCUAGUAAAAGCCUUCCUGGAUCAGGUCUUUCAGUUGAAACCCGGUUUAUCUCUAAGGAGUACUUUCCUCGCACAGUUUCUACUUGUCCUUCACAGAAAAGCCUUGACACUAAUAAAAUAUAUAGAAGAUGAUACGCAGAAAGGAAAAAAGCCCUUUAAAUCUCUUCGGAACCUGAAGAUAGACCUUGAUUUAACAGCAGAGGGCGAUCUUAACAUAAUAAUGGCUCUAGCUGAGAAAAUUAAACCAGGCCUACACUCUUUUAUCUUUGGAAGACCUUUCUACACUAGUGUACAAGAACGCGAUGUUCUUAUGACUUUUUAAAUGUGUAACUUAAUAAGUAUAUUUCAUCACAGCCAUGAUUGCUGCUAACGUAGCUCAGUGGUGUGGGGAAACAUUCCCCCGGGUUGUGCCUCAGAGUCCUACUUAGCAGUUGUAGUUAAAGUUGGUUACACUACAGUUGUCACGAGAGUAUGUCAGGUGCAUCAUUAUAUUGAAUGUCUCUGUUCCUAGAUUCAUGCUUUUGGAAUACAGACUUAUGUUUACAAUUAUAAUAAAUAUUCUUUUAAAGAUAUAAUAAUAGGAUAUAAACUUGACCACAACUACUGUUUUUUGAGACUUCUGAUUCAUGGUUUACAGGUAUCAAAGUGAAAUCUAAGUUAGCUUUUACAGGAGUACUAAUUGACUUUCCAUCUUUUGGUGUUUGUCGGUGUGUGGGAUUACUGGAAUACUUUUGCAACCAAUGAAAAUUAGAGCAUUUAAACCAUUUCAGUUCCACAGAAAGGAAGUUAGCUUGAUUUAGAAAAAAAAAAUUGACCAAGCAGGUACUUAAUUGAAAUUAACCAUUAGAUCCUACUUUGUAGAUUUAGUCCUUAGGAUGCAGUCUGAGUAGAAAUGUCAUGCAGUUAUAUAUAGUCCUUGAUUACGGUGAACCACUGUGUCAGGGUGUUUUUGUUUGUUUUAUUGUUGUUGUCAAUAUCCUAUAUAGUUGAUCUCUGUCUAAGAGAUGUAGGAAACUGUGCUUUGUGUUUUACUCGUUGCCAACUUUUUAAAUUGGUUCUCAUUAUUUUUGAGCCAAAUUGAAAUGUGCACCUGCUGUGCCUUUUUUCCCCUUGGAAAAUCUAAUUACUUGGAAGAAGUUCAGAUUUCACUGGUCAGUCAUUUCCAUCUUGUUUUUCUUUUGCAGAAUUUUACCAUGUAUCUGCAGUGGCAAUCAUUGUAACUCUGAGGUUAUAAAAUGCAUUAGAGAAUAUACUAAUAAAAUUUUUUUUUAGGAGCAGAAAACUGUUCCUUGUCUUCUUCCUUCUUACAUUUCUUCUCAUUUUUAAAGUUGUUGCCAUUUGCCUCGGCAUCACAUAAAGAAUAGCAGGAUAAAUUUUACUGUAAGUGCUAUUUUUCUAGGUGCUACUUUGGCAGAACUAAGUGGUCUGUUUCUUUUGUUUCCUUAAUAUGUUUGGACCAUUUUGCUGGCUAUAAAAUAACUGAUUAACAUCAUUCUGCACACAAACACAAAUAAAUGUUUUUAUAAGACUGUAGAAGUAACAUAAAAGGGAAAAUAUAUUUAUAAGAAAGGGAUAAAAGUGAUGGAGCCCUUCUGCCCUCACCCAACAGAUUUAACAAAAGGAUAUGUUCUGUUCUGAGAGGUCAUAAUAGCUUUCACAUCAUGAGUCAGGAAGAGAUAGACAUCUUGAUUUUUAGACAAACACUGGACUAGUGACUGAUGUACUGUAGCUCAGUCAUGGAAAACUAUAUAGAUACCACCUUGGAGUGUCCCAUACUCAGUGUUUUUUACACAAUAGACUUUUAUUUAAGUGCUGACUGGUUAUUUUCCUUUGCUGGUUUAUUGUACUGUUAUAGAGAAUGUGAGUUGUACAGUGAAAUAAGUUAUUAAAGCAUGUGUAAACAUUGUUAUAUAUCUUUUCUCCUAGAUGGAGAAUUUUGAAUAAAAUAUCUUUGAAAUUUU